AAAUGCUUCACGUAUUACGUAUAAUAAUCAUAUAUAAAACUCUUUGAUCAAGUUACUGACUCAUUGUCAGCGUAUAUAGAUGCAUUCGCAACGUUUACCGAAGCAACAAGUCCGACAGCACUUUUCAAUCGAUCAGAUUUAUUUCAUAGUAGACUAUCUUUUCGCGCAGACGCCACAGUGACUGUUGCAACAAUAGUCGAUUAGUAGUCGUUGUGCCGUCGCGUAGUCACAAUGUGUCGGUCGAUGACUAAAGAGCUGCAUGAUCACAGCGUACAGUUGAAUCGGUGGUUUCUAAAGCCGAUAGGCGCGUGGCCGCGAUCUACCACAACUUCGAGCAGCGAGAAAGCCGUCUCUCGCGCUCUGAUAUUGGUCUGUUAUUUUUUAAUAGCCUUCACUGUGGUGCCGUGCGCGUUGAACAUCAUCCUCGAGGAGAAGGACGUCGAGCUGAAACUCCGUGCCAUCGGUCCGCUGAGCCACUGGCUCAUGGGCGCAAUGAAUUAUUGUUCCCUACUGCUGCGUGGCGCCGAUAUACAUCGAUGCGUACGACAUAUGGAAAUCGACUGGCGGAUCAUCAGGCGAUCGCGGCAUCGCGAGAUCAUGGUGAAGAACGCGAGACUGGGCAGAUUCGUGGCAGGUUUCUGCGCGAUAUUCAUGCACGGCGGCGUCUUCUCCUACAGCAUCGUGUCCGGGAUGACGACGGUGAUGGUGCCGAUCGACGACAAUCGGAGCGUCCCGAUGCUCCAGCUGCCCUGUCCCUCGUACAGCAAAUUUGUGGAUGCUCGAUUCAGCCCAGCAAAUGAAAUUGUGCUAAUAAUGCAGCUGUUCUCAGGUUUCAUAGUAAACUCUACCACUGUCGGAGCUUGCAGCCUGGCCGCUGUUUUCGCUAUGCAUGCGUGUGGUCAGCUCGAUAUUUUGACCUUACGUCUAGACAAUCUCGUCGAAGGUAAAGAUGUGAAAGAAAGUGAUACGGCCCAGCGGAGGCUGGCCGAUAUCGUGGAUCAUCACUUGCGUGUUUUGAGGUUUAUAGCGCGUAUUGAAGAUGUUAUGCAUCAAAUAUGUCUGGUAGAAUUAGUUGGAUGUACGUUUAACUUAUGUAUGCUUGGAUAUUAUUCAAUUACGUGGUGGAAUAAAAUUGAUGCAAAGAGCACAGCGGCAUAUAUUAUUGUAUAUAUAUCGAUGAGUUUCAAUAUCUUUAUAUUUUGCUAUAUAGGUGAAAUUUUAACGCAACAGUGUAAGAAAGUUGGUGAAAUAGCGUAUAUGACCGAUUGGUAUCGCUUACCUCAUAAAACAGCUCUUGGAUUGAUCCUGAUUAUAUCCAGAUCAAGUGCUGUAAUCAAAAUAACUGCUGGAAAAUUAAUUCAACUUUCCAUUGCGACUUUCAGUGACGUUAUCAAAACGUCCCUCGUCUAUCUAAAUAUCUUACGAACUGUUACAACGUAAGCAUGAAUGCGAUCGUAGAGAUUUUCGAUAUAUUUUUACCUUCUUUAUUUAUAUAACAUUUUUAAAAUAAAGGCACAUACUAAC